AUGCUCAUUGUUGAGGAGCAUAGGAUCAACUCACCAAUCAAUGAGAGAUUGCAACAAUGUCAAUCGUCAAUCAAUGACAUUGUCGAUGAGAUCAAGACCAUCAACAGCAUAUUCAAACUAACAAACAAAUCAGACAUUGACAUGGACACGACGGACAUUGACAUCAAUCAAUCAAUCAGAGAGUGCACAUCGAUUGAGCAGUUCAUUCAACAAUCACUUCAGACCGGUCAAGACACUGAUCCGUCCAAAGAGUCAACCGAGGUCAAGAUCACAGACAACGAGUUGAUGACCUUGAUCAAAGGAUAUGUCCAGAAGAUCGGAACACAGUAUACUGUUCCGCGACCCAUGAACAUGCAAGCCGACCUCAAUACAGUAGAGCAUAUCAGAGAUCAAGUUAAGUCAUGCAUCCUGCUCAUGGAUGCUGAGGAUGUCCCAAUCGAGAAGUUCACUCAUGACCUUGAUCAUCAGGUCAUGUGCAUUAGAUCAGAGACCUACUCAUUCUUCUCACCAAUGACCAACACAUGGACCGUACACGAGUAUGAAGGUGAUGAGUACAGUGGUGACCUGUACACGGCUGCAGUAUAUGCUCGUGGCAAUGCCUACAUAUUUGGAACUAAUGGCGAUGAUACAUAUUCCCGCUUCUCACUGGCCGACCGUCAGUGGCACUUCGAAAACAAGAUUGAGGGUGGCGUCAAAGGUGGAUACUACAUCUCGACUGUGUACGAUGGAGACAAGACCAUAUACUUGGUUGGUGGCAUUAAUAAAGCCACUGAGAAUCGAGUGGACACGUUCAACAUCGAGACGAAACAGUUCCAACAUCUUGCCACUCUCAAGAACGCCAUAGCAACCUCCAACCUUAUCCUACACUCCAACAUCCUUUACUGUUUUGGCGGCUUUAAUUUGGAGGACACCUACCUCAUCUACAACCUGGUCACCAAAGAAGAAACAAUCGUCAAUCUACCCAGUAGAAUUGAUACAUUCGCAUACGAUGGCCAGGACAAGGUGUACAUCAUGUUUGCACGUGGCCGACAAUUUACCAGCAUGUCAUUGUCCACAAAGAGACAGUCCGAUCUGACACCUCCGCCCAUCAAACCUGAUCUCGAUUUCCAGUCUGAAGGUGGUGUGGAUGACGGUGUAGAUGAGUUUGGUCCACAGAUCAACAUAUUAUGUCGAUGCACCUCCGAGCCCAAUACUCUACUAUUCCUUCAAGGUACAGAUUACAACUACCGAUACUCAAUCAAACGUGAUAAAUGGACCAAGAUCAAUGACAAUGACGCUGUUGAUCAACGAGGAUGGUGUGGCCUGCUUCAACUUUAUGAUGGACAGUAA